AUCAUUUACCAACGCGAAGCCGUUGCGAACGGUCGUCGCAGCUGCAAGAGUUUUCCAAUCAGAUUGUUUAAUAUUCAACUUAAUUUGUUUUGAUUGUUUUUUUUUUUUUUAUUGUUUUUUUUUUGGCGCGAACUAAAGUGUAAGCGAAUCGAGUGAUUCAUUCAGCAACACAAAUAUAUAUACUAUAUUUAUAUAUAUUUAAUGAUAGAGCGCAUUCGGCGAAAGUAAACAACAAUCCGUCUCUAGCACAGAUGGCCCUGCUGCGUGCAGCGCUGGCUAUGACAACGGCUGCGUACAUUGAGACAGCGAUGACGGCCUCGUUGACGAAGCCACAGCCACGGCCGCAGCCGCAGGAUAAUCUACGCAUAUUCCUGCGCCAUUUGUACGUCGAGUGCGUUUAUCGCUAUCAGAAUGAUACAGCGAAGGGCGAUGCCAAAGACUCCGGCGAUGAGGAGCUGAUGCUGGCAACGUUCACAACGGUGCCGCGGUACUUGGAGCAGGCGGUGCUCAACGAGGGCACCAUUGAUAUGCAGGAUGUGGACGAGGAAGCGGCCAGCGAGAACGAGCUCUAUGCGACGAUUCACUCGAUGACAAUGGAAACAAAUCAACAUUCACGUAAUGCAACCAGUGAAAUGGAGACUCUCUAUUGUCCCGUGAAUUUUGAUGGCUAUCUCUGCUGGCCGCGCACGCCAGCUGGCACCGUAUUGAGUCAAUACUGUCCGGACUUUGUCGAGGGUUUCAGCAGCAAGUUUCUGGCACACAAAACCUGUUUGGAGAAUGGCACCUGGUAUCGGCAUCCAGUAAGCAAUCAGACCUGGUCAAACUAUACCAAUUGUGUGGACUACGAUGAUUUCCAGUUCCGACAAUUCGUGAAUGAGCUAUAUGUGAAGGGCUAUGCACUAUCGCUAUUGGCUCUGAUAAUAUCGAUUGUUAUAUUUCUCGGCUUCAAAUCCUUGCGCUGCACCCGGAUCAGGAUACACGUGCAUCUCUUUGGCUCACUCGCCUGCACCUGCAUCGCCUGGAUACUCUGGUAUCGACUGGUCGUCGAGCAAACCGACCAAAUAGCCGAGAAUCCCCCCUGGUGCAUCGCUCUGCACUUGGUGGUGCACUACUUCAUGCUGGUCAACUACUUCUGGAUGUUCUGCGAGGGUUUGCAUCUGCACUUGGUACUCGUUGUGGUCUUUGUUAAGGACACGAUUGUCAUGCGCUGGUUCAAGCUGCUUAGCUGGCUCUCUCCGUUGGUCUUCGUGCUACCCUAUGGCGUUGCCAGACAUUUAAGUGUCAACGAUAAUGAACAUUGCUGGAUUAAUGACAGUCUCUACCUGUGGAUCUUCUCGGUGCCCAUCACCCUCUCGCUGCUGGCUAGUUUCAUCUUUCUGAUCAAUGUGUUGCGCGUGAUUGUGCGCAAAUUGCAUCCACAAUCCGCACAGCCAGCACCACUGGCCAUACGCAAGGCGGUGCGAGCGACGAUUAUUUUGGUGCCACUCUUCGGGCUGCAGCACUUCCUGCUGCCCUAUAGGCCGGAAGCUGGCACCCAGCUGGAUCGCUUCUAUCAGCUGCUGUCCGUGGUGCUGGUCAGCCUGCAGGGCUUUGUGGUCUCGUUUCUCUUCUGCUUCGCCAAUCAUGAUGUGACCUUCGCCAUACGCACAAUGUUGAACAAGUGGAUGCCGAACCUGAUUGCACCGCCACCGGCUGGGAGUAAUACUGGACAAUUGGCUACCACCACGCCCAGUCGUGAACUGGGCGUCUAAUCAAAGACAGCUCUACACCAUGCAAACCCUCGAAAUGGCCCAAUUGCGUUUCUAAACAAAGUCCAGCUCGAAUCCGCUUAGAUAAACACAUGCCCAGCUGGAUCCAGAACCGGAGUAGAUUGAUGCGUACAGAACUACCUUAUAGAGCUGGAAUUACAGCAGAUCUAUGCAUACCUAGCUACCUUAUAUGAAGAGUAUUACCACCUUACAGAGCUGGUACAACUCUGGUAUUUUUGUAGCCAUAUCAAUAUAGAAACGUCAACGAUUUUGUUGUUGUUUGUUUGUAUUCCCGUUGUCUAUCACAUGUCUAUUCUCAUUAUCGAUAUAUUAUAAUCAUAGUUAUAGAGUUUUUUUUUUUUUUUUUUUAAGAAAACUUCAUUAGGACCUGGGAAAGAAAUAGCAUACGUACUCCAUGUACCUAAGAAAAACAUGUUUGUGCCAACAGAAUGUGGAAACUAUAUAUAUUUCUAUAAAGAAACAGAAUUGACAUACAUGAAUAUAUUCAUAUAAAAUAACUAUUUAUAUAUAUAUCUAUAUAUGUAAUCGAAUAUUACGUAGUAUCUAGCAUAUUAAAAUAUCAGCAAAGUAAUCCUAUUGAAAAAGAAAAUCGAAACGAUAUUUGAAAUAUGCAAAUAUA